GAGGGUGCUGGCAGUACUGUAGGUCCAUCAAUAAUUUCUUUAACGCGUCAAGAAAGCUUACAACAUGCAGAGCAUCAAGACUACGACACUUCAAAGAAAUUGCUGGUUGAAUUGGUCUCUGGCGCCAACACGGCCUCCAUCAUACUUUGUAUUAAACUAAUUUCUUUAACGCGUUCUUCAACAGUAGUGUAGGUCCAUCACAAUUUCUUUAACGCGUCAGUACUCUCCAAUUGGAACUUUCCCAUGCAAGGCCUUAUAAAAUGUUGCUCCCGCCUUGUCCUCUGUACACAUUCAAAGCAAACAUAUCUUCCUUCUAUCCCUUAGUGAUUCCUCAAGAGCCGUUUUUACCAUUCCUUCACCAACCAUCAACAAAUGGCUGAAGGCAGUCUCUUCGACAUUGCUGCACGAAUCAUUGAGAGCUUGGGAUCCCUGGCUCUCAAAGAGAUCGGACUGCUUUGGGGUGUAACAGAUGAGCUCAAGAAGCUCAAGAACACCGUUUCGACAAUCCAAGCCGUGCUUCUUGAUGCUGAGGAGCAACGGGCAGUGAACAACCAUCAAGUUAUUGAAUGGCUUGAAAGGCUUAAGGAUGUCGUUUAUGAUGCAGACGACUUGCUGGAUGGUUUCUCCACUGAAUGUCUGUUGCGAGAGAUGAUGACUCGGGAUAAGAUGGCAAAAAAGGUACGAAUCUUCUUCUCCAAAUCAAACCCGCUUGUCUAUGAUCUGAAAAUGGGCCAUAGGAUUAAAACGAUUAGACAGAAGUUAGAUGCCAUCGCAAAUGAUAGGAAAUUCCACUUGGAGGAACGCCCUGUGGAGAUAGGAGUCAGGGCUAGGAAGAGGGAUGAUACUCAUUCCUAUGUACCCGAGGCAGAAGUUAUUGGUAGAGAAGAUGACAAGAAGGAGAUCAUAAAAAGACUUCUUUCUGAUUCCAAUGUUAAAGAGAAUGUAGGAAUCCUUCCGAUUACUGGCAUCGGAGGAUUAGGAAAGACCACACUAGCUCAAUUCAUCUUCAAUGACCAGACGAUCCAAAAAUAUUUUCAGUUAAAAAUGUGGGUUUGUGUAUCUGAUAUCUUUGAUGUUCAAAAACUUGUAGAAAAAAUCUUAGAAUCUGUAACAAACCAGAAACAAGAAGUUGCUUCAAUGGAGGCAUUGGCCUCUCGUAUUCGGAAAGAAAUUGAAGGAAAGAAGUACUUACUAGUGUUGGAUGAUGUGUGGAACGAGGAAAGUGAGAAAUGGGAUAAAUUGAAAAAUUUGUUGAUGGUUGGUGGAAGAGGCAGUAGAAUAUUAGUAACCACACGCAAUGAUAGGGUGGCAAAUCUUACACGCACAGACACAGUGGAACCAUAUCACUUAAGAGGUUUAAAUGAAGAUGACUCAUGGUUCUUAUUUAAGCAAGUGGCAUUUAGGAAUGGAGAAGAGCCGAGGAAUUCAAGAAUCUUGGCAAUUGGAAAUGAGAUUGUAGAAAAGUGUUGUGGUGUCCCGCUUGCCAUAAGAACAAUUGGAAGGACGUUGCUGUGCUUGGAAAAUUCUGAAGCAGGUGGGUGUCUUUUGAAAACAAUAAACUGCCAAAAAUAAAAGAAAAUGAAAUCAUACCAACUCUUAAGCUGAGUUAUGAUCAACUUCCAUCACAUUUGAAACAAUGUUUUGCUUAUUGUAGUAUAUUUCCCAAGGAUUACGUGAUGGAAAAAUCAAAAUUGAUAAAUCUCUGGAUAGCACAGGGGUUUAUCAUGCUAUCCAAUCAAAAUGGUCAAUGUCUUGAAGAUGUUGGUCAUGAGUAUUUCAUGGAUUUACUUUGGAGAUCGUUCUUUCAAGAAGCAAAAAUGGAUGAUCUGGGCAACGUGAUCUCGUGUAAAAUGCACGACCUCAUGCAUGAUCUCGCAAUGUCAAGGGCAGGACCAUUGAUCACCAGAUUAGAAUCUAAGGAGAAGAUCAUUAUUGAUCAGAAAACUCGGCACGUAGCAGUCGUCGACAAUAUAGAUAUUUCCUUUGUAAAUCCAACUUCCUCGUCUAAAGUCAGUAGGAUUCGAACACUUCUUUCGGUUGGUGAAUGGAAGGAUUUGCAAGAGUCAAGCACUUCAUGUGAAGCAAUCUUUUCAAGUUUGAAGUUCUUGCGAGUGCUGGAUUUACAUGAAAGACCGCUUGAUGUAGUACCGAGUUUCAUAUGUAAGUUGAAGCAUUUAAGAGAUCUUGAUCUUUCUGGGAAUGAUAAAAUCGAGAAGCUGCCCGAUUCCAUAAUUAGGUUGCAAAAUUUGCAUACACUAGGAAUCUCUGGUUGCAAAGGGAUUAAAGAAUUGCCUAGAGGAAUUACGAAAUUAGUCAACCUCAGACAUCUUUACAAUGAUGGAUGUGAGAAUUUGACUUGUAUGCCACGUGGAUUGGGGGAAUUGAAAAAUCUCCAGACAUUAUCUAAGUUUGUUGUCCACUCUGAUUCGACUCCAAAUGAUAGUGGCCAGUUAAGCGAGCUAAAUAGACUAACUAGCUUAAGAGGAGCAUUAGAGAUUUCGGGUUUGAGAAGUCGGGAGGAAGACGUCGCAAAUCUAAAGGAAAGAGGACAUCUUCAGGUUUUGACUUUACAUUGGGAAAGAGAAAAUGUUAUUAAUGCAUUGGAACGCUUUGAACCUCACCCAAAUCUUAAAAAGCUAAACAUAUAUGAAUAUGGGGGUGUGAGGUUUCCAAUGUGGCUUUUGUCACUCACAAAUCUUGUUCACUUGAGUUUACGUGGUUGUAAUAAUUUGAAAUAUUUGCCACCAUUGAGUGGACUACCCUUUCUUAAGAGAAUUUCUCUGUUUUUCCUUUUUGAAAUAGAGUACGUAUCAGAUUGUAGUGACAACAAUGAGUUAUCUUUAUCUUCUUUUUCUUUAUCAGAAUUCUUUCCAUCUCUUGAGAGUAUUUUCCUCGGUCACUGUCCUAAUCUGAAGGGUUGGUGGAGGAGUGAUUCUUAUAAUGUGGAUGUCAAUACUACUACUGAUCAUCAAAAUUCCUUUGAAACUCCAUCAUCAAUGACGAGGAGAAAUGCUUUACUAUUUCCUCGUCUUUCAAAUUUACACAUCUUUUGUUGCCCUCUGUUGACUUCAUUGCCAAUGUUUCCACAUCUUGAAGAAGGGUUAUACCUAAUGAAAGCUAGGUGGAAGGCAGUGCAACAAACAAUAAGUACGAAUGCCUCCUCCUCCGCUUCCUCUACACCCAUUGCCUUUUCAUCUCCUCCUCUCUCCAAAUUGAAGAAUAUAUCCUUAGAUCAACUUGAGGAUUUAGAAACACUUCCAGUGGAUGGGUUGCAAAACCUCAUAUCUCUCCAGCGUUUGAGGAUAGCUGAAUGCCCUAAAUUAAAGUCUCUCUCCCAAGGUAUACAAUAUCUCACUGCAAUUCAAAUCCUGAAGCUUAUUGAUUGUCCCAUGCUUGAUCUAGGCAACGAUGAGCACGGUAUGCAAUGGAAAGGGCUUAAAAGCCUCAUCUCUUUGGAGUUUGACAGUAUUCCAAAAUUGGUGUCUCUCCCAUUGGGGCUUCAACAUGUUACCACUCUACAACAUCUCCGAAUCUCAAAUUGUUCAAGCUUGAUGACUAUACCAGAGUGGAUCUGCAAUUGGGCAUCACUUGAGCAGUUCACAAUUUCUACAUGUCCUGGUUUAACGUCACUGCCUGAAGCAAUGAGUAGGCUAACCUCUUUGAAAGUGUUGACAAUUGAUGAUUGCCCCAUCUUAUUACAAAGAUGCAAACAAGACGGAGGUGAGGAUUGGCCCAAGAUUGCUCACAUCCCAAAGCUGGAGUACUUUGAUCCUCAACUGCAAUACGACUAAUUUAGAAAGGUCUUUGAGUAAAGAAGAAACAGGGGAGAGGGAUUGAGAGUUUGUAAAACAAAUCUAAUGCACUGCGUCUUCUACAAGUAAAUAAGUUAGUUAUGAUUACCUCGCUUUCUUUAUUGCUUUUUUCUUCCCUAUUCAAAUAAGAAAUAUCACCAUAUUCAUGAUUCUUCACAUCCAGGAGAAUAGUAAGGAGGAGGAACAAGAGCAAAGGGAAGAAAUAUAGGAGGCCGCAAGGUUGAGGCUGUGUAAUUUCACGACAACAAUUUGAGCAGGGCCUGCAUGUUUCUUAGCAUCGAAAGUGAUGGUAAUUUGAUUUUUGCUGAACUUGGGAUGAUACUGAUCAUUCUUUCGUACCUGAGGCAGAAGUUAUUGGUAGGAAGGAUGACAAGAAGAAGAUCAUAGAUAUACUUCUUUCUGAUUCCAAUGUUAAAGAGAAUGUAGGAAUCCUUCCGAUUAUAUACCACACUAGCUCAAUUCAUUUUCAAUGACCAGACGAUCCAAACAUAUCUUUGAUGUUCAAAAAAUUGUAGAAAAAAUCUUAGAAUCUGUAACAAACCAGAAACAAGAAGUUGCUAAACUCCUUUCCAAGCACA